UGACGCUGCGGCACUAUAAAACGGGCGGCGCCAGGCGGCGGGUGUUCAGAGCGCGUCGGCGAGGCGGAGCGGAGCGGGUUCCUGCGUCAACAGUGCUUGGACGGAACCGGCCGCGCUCGGGCCCGCCGCCCCCCCCCCCUCACCACCACCUCUGCCACUUCACCCUGCUGUUGCGUACCCACCGAUUCGCCCCGUAAGGCAUCGCCAUGGCAGCGCCCCCUUCCCAGGUGCGCCAGAACUACCACCAGGACUGCGAAGCCGCCAUCAACCGCCAGAUCAACCUGGAGCUCUACGCCUCCUACGUGUACCUCAGUAUGUCCUACUAUUUUGACCGUGACGAUGUGGCUCUGAAAAACUUUGCCAAGUACUUCCUGCAUCAGUCCCACGAGGAGCGUGAGCAUGCUGAGAAAUUGAUGAAGCUACAGAAUCAGAGGGGCGGACGCAUCUUUUUGCAGGACAUUAAGAAGCCAGAUCGUGAUGAUUGGGAGAAUGGGCUGACUGCUAUGGAGUGUGCCCUGCACCUGGAGAAGAAUGUGAACCAGUCACUGUUAGAACUGCACAAACUGGCAACUGAAAAGAACGACCCACAUUUGUGUGACUUCAUUGAGACUCACUACCUGGAUGAACAGGUUAAGUCCAUCAAAGAGCUGGGUGACCAUGUGACCAACCUGCGGAAGAUGGGGGCACCAAAAUAUGGCAUGGCAGAGUACCUCUUUGACAAGCACACCCUCGGGGACAGUGACAAUGAGAGCUGAAGUCUUGCCAAGAGCCGCCCUAUGGGUUUCAGUGGGACUCCUACUUUACUGUCCAGCCAUGCAUGCGUUUUCAGUUAUCUAGAUAAACAGUUCUCACACUCUGUACCAAAUAUCGCCCCCCUUUUCUCUUGUGUUUGUGUAUUGCCCUCCAUCCAAUAAAGUGACUUGGUUCAA